GGGACUUUGGUGGUCAACUUCUUCCAACGGCACUGAUUGAACUCGCUCGAUUGCUACACCACCCAUUCCACGGAACGCCAGCCAGGAAAUCAGUCAAAAUGGUCAACGUUCCCAAGACACGUCGCACAUACUGCAAGGGUAAAACCUGCAAAAAGCACACUCAACACAAAGUCACCCAGUACAAGGCCGGCAAAGCUUCGCUGUUCGCUCAAGGAAAGCGUCGAUACGACCGCAAACAAUCCGGUUAUGGUGGUCAGACCAAGCCCGUCUUCCACAAGAAGGCCAAGACAACCAAGAAGGUCGUGUUGAGAUUGGAAUGCACACAAUGCAAGACCAAGGCACAGCUUUCAUUGAAGCGUUGCAAGCACUUUGAGUUGGGUGGUGACAAGAAGACAAAGGGUGCUGCUCUUGUUUUCUAAGCGUGACAUUACAAUACAUGAUCUCAGGAGCGGUGAUGGGAGAUGGGAGAUGGGAGAUGAAAAUGGAAGAUGGGAGAUGAUGCGCGAGGUGUUUGUUCUACGACCAACCUAACCCACCCACCGACCUACCAAUCAAGCAGCCAACCAAUUUCGACCGUUCUUAUGUCAUGAUGGGAGAAGAGCAGAGCAUUGUAUGUUCGGUGGGAUCUGCGACAUAGAGAGGGUCGAGAGGGGUUUUCUUUUCCAUUGUUGAAAGAACGUCUCGACCAUGGAAAUGCGCAUAUCUUGCUUGCCCCCCAACAGACAUGUAGCACUUCGUGGAGAGCCGUGUGUCAUGACAUAGUGGCACAAAGCUACUUUAAGUCAUGCAUGGGCAUCAGGAAGGCUAGAAUCGCCUACGCAACUAUCACGCUAAAUGUUAACCAUGUUUUGUCUCUGAAA